CUCUCUCUGACAGCACACUAACCCCCGCCGCUGGACGACACCGACCAGCACCUCACUUGAUUGCGCCAGCACAUUACUACUUAUAACGACACCUCACGCGUAUCAUCAAGUCUUCGCUUCGUGGACAUGUCCGUCACGGUGGCGGAAGGCGAACCAACCAUUUCGGUUCUGGCAGAUGCUACAAACGCGCCGCACACGACUUACGAGACUGGGAAGCUGGAGGAAACCGACCUUGCUGUUGACAAACAACCUGACGUGGACGCGCCUGUUGCGGUCGAAUUGACGGAGGCUGCCGCAGAGCCCGAGAAGGCUUCAGAGAUCGCUGAGGAAGUGAGGGCGGAAGUAGAUGAGGACGCGUUAUCUGCUGAGCCAGUGACUCUGAUGAACGGCGAGAAGGAUGAGGUGCAUGAGAAUGGAGAGGCCGACGUCGGAGAGCCGGAGAUCGAUGCAAAGGCUGCUGUGGCCGACGCCACGGCAUCAGACGCGUCGCACGCUGUAAAGAGUGACGUCCCCGCAAAUGGUCAUGCGCCACACCACGACGCUGACGAGAGCGAGAGUGCGGCACGCGAGCCCGAAGUUGAGGCUGUCGACGAAAUUACCGUGUCAAUUGAGGUGGAACAGCCGACCACCGACGCUCCCACCGAAUCCAUAGUACCUGUCGAGGUGGCAGCGCUCGAGGAGAACGUGUCGGAGGCUCAAGCAGAGGAAGUCGUCGAGAGCAAGGUCGAAGAGGAGCUGCCUGCCUCCGCUGCCGCACCCUCGGAGCCAACACCGACGGACGAGCCCUCGGACGUCCUUGUAGAGGAAGCACCUACGCACGCAGUCGCACUCGAGCCCGUUGCAGUGACGGAGGCUGCUGAACAAGACACGCCAGCUGCAGAGAGUCAGACUAUCUUGACGGACGAGACGCCUGCUCUAGAGGAAGACGGCAGCGUGGUAGAGGAGACAAUCCAUGUCUCAGAGCCGUCCGACAUCGAGGACGCGCCGCCUGCGGCUGCAAAGGUUUCGCCGGAGGCCGAGACGAGUGUGGUUGAUGAGGCACCUACGGAAGAGGUCGCCGCCACAGAGAGCGAGAUUAUAGCAGAGGCGGUUUCGGUCGCGGACGCGGCUGUACCAGCCGAAGAAACCGCGACUGUCCCUGAACAGGAAGCACCAGCGUUCGUAGAGGAGGCUAUCGUGGCAAGUGAACCCAUCACAGAGGAGACUAUCCCAUCAAGCGAACCUGUCGCCGAGGAGCCACCUACCCCGGAAGUACCGACACCGGCUGAAGAGCCUGUUGCCUCUGAAGAGGCUGAUGUAACCGAAGCAGCCGUCGAGGUGGCCGCGAUCGAGGAACCUUCUGCUUCAACAGAAACAGCAGCGGCGGACGAGGUUCCUGCGAUCGAAGACCUGGUGCCUCUUGUCGAGGAGUUAACUGCGUCGGCCGAGCCCGCUGCCGAAGAACUCGUCGCUGAAGAACCUGUCGUGGCGGAAGAACCCAUUGUAGUUGCAGAACCUAUCGCCGCAGAGGAACCCGUCGCCGCAGAGGAAUCCGUCGUCACAGAGGAACUCGUUGUUGCUGAGGAACCUGUCGCCACAGAGGAACUCGUCGAUGAGGAACUUGUUGCUGUAGAGGAACCCGUCGUUGCUGAGGAACUCGUUGCUGUAGAGGAGCCUGUUGCUGCUGAAGAAUCCGUCUCUGUGGAGGAACACGCCGUUAUCGAAGAACCCGUCUCUGCAGAGGAACCCGUCGUCGAAGAAUUAGCCACCGUUGAGGAGUCGGUUCCUGUUGAAGAGACCGUGCCCGUGGCCGGGGAGGCAGCGCCAGCUGUUGAGGUGGUAGUUGACGUCGACGUCGCACCUACAGUGGCAGAAGCUAUCGAAGAAGCAACCGCAGCAGAGCCUGUGGUGGAUCAGGCAACGCCUGCUGAGGACACAGCGACUGAUACCGAGGAUUUGGUGGAGGUGGUUGAAGAACCGUCGACGGAGUCUGUCGAGGACCCGGUCGGAGAGGCUGUUGUUACCGAGACGGUGGCUACAGUCGUCUCAGAGGUCCCUGUUGCAGUGAACGAGGAAACUGUUGCAGUGAACGAGGAAAUUGUUGCGGUCGAGGAAGCGGCUGCUAUCGAAGAAGCGGUUCCUGUGGAGGUGGCAGCUGAGGAGGUAGCUGAGGCUCAACCUGAAAGCGAAGCUGUUCCUGCCGCGGAAGAGACGACCACAGAAUCCAUUGUUGCAGUCGAGGCACCACCCGAGGAAGUUGCUGGAGAGCCAUUCGUUAUCGAAGUUGUGACAGAGUCGACUCCUGGGGUUGAAGAGGUCAUCCAGCAAGAAGUGCUACCUGCUCUUGAGACGGACGUCGUUCCUGAUGAACCCUCGGAAAGUAUCGCUGCAGAUGCGACAGUACCUUCUGACGCGCCCCUCAGUGACGAGGCUGUUUCCGCAGAGGCGCCAGUCCUCGAAGAGAGCGUGACUUCUACUAUCGUCGUUCCCAUCAUGGACGAGGCUUCUGCCGUUCCGGAAGCCGUUGUUGACCCAGCGGCCAUCUCUGCAGAGGAGAGUAUACCUUCCGUGGUGGACAGCCAGCUGGACGUUGCUGUAGCUGAAGUGGUUGCGGACAACGUCGAGGUAUCUGGCGACAACGUGGUAGAGGCCGGAAAUGAGGCACCCGAAUCUUCCACGAGUGACGAAGAACACGUGGUUAGGUCAAUUGGGGAGGCUAUCGCUGCUGCUGCCGCUUUAGCGACUGUCGUCAUCGGCGUGGCGAAUGAAUCGUCCUCCGAUGAUGCUGUUGCCUCUGCCGAUGAAACUGUCGUUCCACUGGAGCAUGCUGCAUCGGAGGCUGAACUUGUCAAGGCCGUGGAAGAACUACCGAUUGAAGGCGCGUUCACUGUCCCAGCCGUCCCCGAAACUGGCGUAGAAUCAGCAGAGGCCGCAGUCGAGGCAACUGGCAUUGAUGCUGUCGCGGAGGAACCAGUAAUCGAAGAAGUAUCAGACGUGGCUCCUGCAGUCACCGUGGUGGUCGAAGACGCCGUGGGCGAGACUGCGGUCGUAGCCGACGCAACCAUCGACUCUGAGAUCACGGCACCUGCCUCCAUAGAGCGUCCGAAGUCACCGUGGACGCCAUCCUACAGCGUUGUGAGGCAGGGGUCGGAGAGUCUCUCUCCUGAGGAGGUCGAAGGACUGGAACAACUUCCUCCUCCUGUAGCAGAGGUCCAAGCGACCCUGGAAGUUGUGGAUACGACAAUCGCGGUCCCAGUUAUUUUGACGGAAGUGGUUGAAGAGCCGGCAAAUGACCUUCAGCCGACAGAGUCCGCCAUUGACGAGUCUAGCAAUGCGUCUGGUGAGGUACCGAAGUCGCCCUCUUGGCUUCGCUCGUAUUCUGUCAGCUCUCAGGGUCCUAGUCCAGCGCACUCGCCUCAGGUCGUAGCCGUUGAUAUCGAGGCAGUGCAACCGGUCGAGGACGCAGAGGCAAUCGCUCCGUCAGCACAAGACGAAGAUGCAGCAAAUGCGCCGGAAUCACAAGCAUCCACGGCCGCAGAAGCGGAUGUGACCGUGCCUGCUCCGCAAGCUGUUGAGAUCGAGGUGACACGGGUAGAGAGCGAACCUGAUCCGAGUGAAGCUCCAGUCGUCCAGAUCGUCACGACUGAGGUUGUGGCCGAGCCCGAAGUCGAACCGUCUGCUUCUGUAGAAACUACAGAGGAAGCACCUAAAUCUCCUUGGGUCCGGUCAUAUGCUGUCAGCUCCCAAGGUACAACUCCUGCACACAAGCCCGUGGCGACGGCAAACGAAGACGUCGAAGAGAUACAACCGUUGACCGCAGCCGUCGCUGUGGCCGCAGUUGAAGCGGUUCCUGCGGUCUUUCCUGAAUCGACUCCUGUUGCUGACGUCGCCUCCACGGAAGAGCACAAAGACGAACCUGCACCCGCCGAACCCGUCAUUGUCCUGACCUCCGAGCCGGAACAGGUUGUUCCUGAGAUUGCAGCGCCCAUACCAGAGCCGGCCGCUGCGCCUGCUGUUGUCGAGAUUGAGAGACCGAAGUCCCCUUGGACUCCGUCAUAUUCAGUCUCUCGACAAGGUACUACCCCUCUCAGUGCUCCCGUGGCGAGCGAGGAGAAGGAGGUGGAGCAUAUUGAAGAGCUACCUGCUCCUCUGGCACCAAUUGUAACAGUCUCCUCAGAGUCGCCAGUCGAAGAUUAUGCAACGGAUUCAGGGGUUCCUGCUGAGGUGGUUGAACCACCGCCUCGUCCAUGGACGCCAUCGUAUUCAGUCACCUCGCAGGGUCCUGGUACGCCCGGGCUGAAAGAGGUUGAGGUCGAGCCUGAGGAAACCACAGACCCGCCGCCUCGCCCAUGGACACCAUCGUACACAGUUACGACACAGGGCCCAGACACUACAGCAGAGGCAGUCGAUGUGCAAGCCUCAGAAACGCAACCAGCUGCACUGGAGAGCGACAAGCAUGCCUUCCCGACGACAGAGGGAGGUAGCAAGGGCAUCGCCACCAAGCCUAGCCUUGCACGUCUAGUACCACUCGAUGAGAAUGAACAGCUGCAGACUGAGCAAGUGGCCCACGUUGAGGUCCAGCCUCCGUCGCCGACGACGAUUCGCACUAGGCACGAGUCGACAACGUCGUCACGGUUCUUCCCUGGCGGAUGGUUCUCAAGCUCGCCCAAGCUCCCUGAAGAGCUCACUUCGCAUGAGAAUGCGGAGGGCGAGUUCCUCAAGAGCCCUAGCAGUGCCGUCGCAUCGCCUGGGCUCGAGGUACCAGCGAAUACCCCGAUUGAUGGCAAGAUCGACGAAGAGAAGAGGGGCAGGUGGUGCACAAUAAUGUGAAUGAAUGUUGUUGGUUUUACGAAUGCUCUGACGACCGAUAUGUCUAUAUUUACUUACGGGUCUCUUGUCUUAUACAUCACUUACGCCUCGUUUAUCCCCCCUCCGCACUUGCUGUUGAGUCACAUGCAUACCUUACUACCCACAUUCACCGAAUGAACGCGAAUAGACUUUGGUACCGGAACAUACACGCGAGAGCCAUUUCAGCUAAGUGUCUGUUGUCACUGCGACCGUGUGAUAGUGUACAUAUGACGGCUCUGGGUUCCCAUGCCUUGUCGAAGCUCUAGCGAAGAACAGCGUCCCCUUUACUGCCAGAAGCGAGAUUCUGUCCGUCUAGAGGUAGUAACGAUCUCCUAUGUGACCCAUCCCCGGCUCGAC